AUGGCUCGUGACGUCAAGAAGCGCGGAAAGCCUUCAUACACAAACCGACGAAACCGUCAGAAAAAUUUGAAGAAAAAACAAGAAAAAAAGAAGUUGUCGAAAAGUGCAGUAAAAAUUAUAAAAAGCAAAUGGGACGAAACGAAAACGCCGAGAGAAAACGUUCGAGAUAUGGGAAUUGCCUUCAAUCCAAACGAAGCAGUUCCAAUCAGAGAGCAACGAAAAGAUAUUAUUGACGCCGUCCCAAUCGAUGGAGUAAGCAUUGAAGUUCCGAAGCCAGCGAAAAAGAUCACUGGAAGAAAGAAGAACGAAAAACAGGCCGAGUUUGUCAUCUCGAAUUUGGAGCAACAGGUGAAAGACGAAGAAGAGGCACGAGCGAAUGAGGGCAGAAAGUUCAAGCUGUUCCAUCGAGAAACUGAACUUUGCAUCUAUAUGUUGGCCCGUCACGGAGAAGACUUCCAGGCGAUGACGCGUGAUCCGAAGAAUCUGUGGCAGUACACACCGAAGCAGUGGGCUAAGAAGAUUCGUACACAUAAAGAAUCAGAGAUGCAUAAGUUCCUGGAGACUGCUUGA